AUGAAAUCCAUUUCAAAUGAUUCUCUUCUUCAAUCAGAAAAUAACGAUCUAAGAGCCCAAGUAGCUGAUUUAGAAGGGAAACUGACAAAGAUUAUGACUGAAAAAAACAUGUCUUCGGCAGAUAUAUCAUCAAUUUUUCGCGAUCAACACGAUUUAGCAGAAUUAAAAGCUAAAUUACGAGAAUCUCAACUUGAGAGUUCGAAAUACCGUGCAAUUUUAGAUGCUCAAGAGUCCUCAAUUCUAAAUUCAAUUACUGUUGACGAUUCUCUUAAGAGUCAAAUCUUAGAUACUAAAAAUCAGUUAUCAUUAGAGUAUAUGCAAAAGGAAAAAGAACAAUUACAAGAGAUAUCUAUGGCACAACUUGAAAAUUCAAAAUUACGAAACCAAUUAUGCACAUCAGAAGCAAAGAAUGCCGAACAACUUUUACGUAUCAAGGAACUAGAAUCUAAAUUAGGAGAGAUUGAUGGCAAUGACCAAUAUAACGGUGCAGUAAAUAAACGAUUACAAGGAUCCAUUGGAGAUCUCCAAGCAAGAUAUGAGCAAUUACAAGCUAAAUACCAAGAUUCUCUAAAAACUAUUGAAAAAAUGAAAGCACAAAAUAAACAAGAACAAGAAUCUCUUAAAAAACAAAUACAACAACUCACAGAGCAAGUAAACGCAUAUAAGCAAAAAGUUGCAACAGAUUCUGUUCAAAUUACAAAAUUAGAUACCCAAUUAACUACAGCUAAAUCUCAGAUCGCCAGAUGCGAACAAUUAAUUUCGCAAUUUGAGACUAAUAAGCAAAGCGAUCAGCAGGAGCAUCAGCAGCAAAUUGUUCGCUUGAAAAACGAAAUUAAUGAUUUGAAAAACGCCAAUAAUCAACUAUCAUUUGAAAAACAGACGAUGACACAAAAGAGUGACUCUAUUAAAACAAAUUUGAUGUCAUUGCAGCAAGAAAAUCAGAUCCUAACAAAGAAAAAUCAAGAUCUGACAGAAUUAGUCAACAAAAACAAAAUUGAUCUUCAAAACUAUCUACAAAAGAACAAAGAAUUGCAAUCAUCUAUAUUAAAUUGUCAACAAGAGAAUGAUUCCCUUAAAAAUCAUAAUGCUGAUCUCCAAAACAUCAUAAACCAAAUCAAAAAUGAUAAUCAAUCAUUGCUGCAAAAAUACAAAGAAAUACAAACAAAAUAUCAAACUCUUCAGAUUAAUUUUGAAGAACAUCAGAAAGAUAAGAUCAAAAUUCAAAGUAAAUUAGAUGAAAUGGUCAUUGAAAACGAGAAUCAAAUAAGGAAAUCAACCAUACAAAGCAAUGCCAUGGAACAAUCUUUGACAAGUGUAAAAACAGAAAAUCAAAAAUUAUUUGAACAAAAUCAAAAGAAAGAUGAACGUCUAAGAGAUCUUGAAAAUAAUUUAGACUUAGAAAUAAAAGAAAAACAGAAUUUAACUAAAGAUAUUUCUAAUAUUCAAGGUAAAUUUAAUAAAUUACUUCAACUUUUGAAUGAUGAAAAAUCUAAAGUUGUUAAACUUGAAAGUCAAAAUACAUCUCUAAAAUCGGAAUUAAAUUCCAAGAAUUUUGAUCCUGAAAAAGAUGAAAUGCGAAAAGAACUUGAAUCUACAAGAAAAGAAAACAUAAAACUCCAAAACGAUAUUGGAUCAAUACAACAGCGUAUUGAACAAGAAAAGUUAAUUACACUGCAAUUAUCAAAGCAAUUAGAAGCUUCUCAACAAAAUGUUUUGAAUUUAACGAAACAAAAAUAUCAACACAACAAAUUUGAUCCAGAAUCAGCCAAAUAUAUCUCUAAUAAGAUUGCAAUCAAAUUUAAACAUUUUUGUAAGAUGUUUAUUGUUAGGAUUGCAUUGCUUGAGACUCACAUUCAAGUUUUAUCUAACUCAAUUACAAAAUUACAAGUUUUAUCACAAAGUUUUCCAAAUCGUCAACAAGAUAAAAUCAACAUAGCAAUUCAUCAAGAAAUUAUAUCUAUUCUUAUAAAGAAAGCCGCACGAGCAUACAAAAUACACAAAAAUGAAGUUCCAUCUGCAGCUUUGUUAGUAUCAAAUGAAGAAAUUCGCAAUGAAUUCUUUUCAAAACUUGUUCGACAUCACCAUUAUUGCAAUCAUACUGAUGAAGAUGUACAACGCGUUUUGAACUCGGUUUCUCUCUACAAAUUCUGA